AUGUCCGGGCGGAGCGCCCUCCUUAGCAGCUCCCUGCGCCGAUGCGCAUGUACACUCAACUCGAGUUCAAGCUCGAGCAUCGCCGCAAGCGCGAGGACGUCGCAGCGACGAUGGGCGCGGGUGCAUGAUGUGCGGUUCGUCACGACGCAGCACCAGGCCGAGAAGGUGCUGGAUCGGUACCGUGCGAAGCUGGAGGAGAAGGCGAGAGCGGAAGGACACGAUUCGGUCUCAUCAUUGAAGGAAUCGUACAAAGAGAAGAUAUCGGAGGUGAAGAAGAAAGCUGCUACACUGCCGACUGGCAGCCCCGGUGUUGCAUCUUCUUCUCCUCGGGGAGAAACCUCUACCUCUACUUUCGCACAACCUCCGCCUCCGCCCCCGUCACCACAGACUGGGGCGACAAUGCAGAAUCAACCUACGGAAACGAAGAAACAAUCUUCCUCCAAUGUCCCGGGUAUCAAGCCUCUGUCCUCAUAUCUCGACCUCGACAAAAUCGCUUCCUUGCCGAAUAAAGAGGUAGAGUACAUCUGGAGGCUGCGGCACGCCAAUGAUCCUUUGUCAUUAUGUGCAGUCAUUCCCCUGGAGACAUACGAGCGUAUCUACCGAACAGCUCGGAGCCAUCCACAGUUUGUCCUCCCCUUACCGCGACCGGCAGCAGAUGACGGCAGCGGCGAUGUUGCACAGUCUGCACAAGGUUUCGAAGGUGGUGAACGCUCAGCGGCCGAUAUCCAUUUCCUUCAGUGGGGGUUUCAUCCUCCCGCCGGUCAACCUGCAGCUCCCGAUGCAAAGACGGCAAACACUCAUACAAGCACCGUCCUGUUCACACACCUGGCGGCAUUCAAACUUCAUGGAACAUAUGCACAGCCACAUACCGCAAUAACGCAUCACUUGGAUUUAGUCGACUCCCAUGGCUUAGUUCUGUUGAAUGGGUCUGUCACCGAAGGGCGAGGGGUCAGUGUGGAGGAGGGUAGGUGGUUGUUGAUGUGCCUGCAGAAGUUUUACGACAAUGAAGGUCAUGGGGGUGGCAUCGGCCGUGAAAAACGACAGGGAUUGUUGCAGAAAUUCAGCUCCGGCGAUCAAGGAUUCAGCCUCGAGGAAUUGAUUGACGAAGCGGAGAGAAUUUCGUGA